UAUAUGUCAGCAUUAGAGAAAGUAUAUAGAAAUUUGAAAUGGUUUGAAACUGGACAAAAAGUUUUUACGAGUGGAUUUUUUGUGAAGAAAAUUUGGAUAAAUUUAUAUGUUGCUCUGUGUGCAUAAUGAAUAAAGAAGGGAAUUUUUUCACUCAUGGAGAAAUUUUGUGGCAUCAAUUUCAGGAUUCUUAAUUGAGAUUCUCAAAAUUGCUGGACUUACCUUUAGUGUAUUAUAACAGUGUUCAGUAUAAAAAUGUGUUAAAAUAUUGACCUGUUUCUCCUAUUUUCUUGAUAUUUGUGUGUAAUUAUCUAGAUUUUUUUCAUCAUAAUGGUUUAAACUUUAUUACUCCGAAAAAUAUAAUAAAUCACAUAGUUCUGCAAGUUGAACAUACAUACAUGUACUGGAAGUCAUUCUCUUGAGAAUAUUUUUGUAAGACCUGUUUUAAGAUGGACUAGCUUUAGAAUCAUGUAGUGUUAAUACAUUAUUGGAUCAGGAAAUAAAAGAACAACACAAGCUGAUGCAUAUUCGGUAUAGAUCCAUUGACAAUAUGUUUGAUCGUAAAAGGAAGCCAUCAUGCUUUCUUUAUGAAACUUGAUAUCUGUGUUGUUGGGUGCCCUAUAGAACUGUAGUCGCAGAGUUGUGAAAGAUGAUGAACCCAAUGACGUCCAUGCACCACGGGAUGCCAGGCGGCCCGGGUGGGAUGCAUGGGAUGGGUCCAGGCAUGUCCCAGGCAGGGAUGAUGCCCAACAGUAUGUCCCCGUGUAUGCCAAACAAUAUGUCGCAGGGCGGCAUGCCCAAUAACAUGUCCCCAGGAAUGCCUCCCAGCAGCAUGCCCCACAUGAUGCCCAUGAACAUGAGUGGUCAAAGCAUGGGGGGUGGGAUGGGACCGGGCGGAAUGGGACCGGGUCCACAGGGACCAAUGCACCCACGGAUGAGCCCGGGUAUGUCAGGGCCUGGAAUGUCGCCCGGAAUGUCUCCGAUGCCUCCAGGUGUUUCUCCAGGGAUGGGCCCACAGCCGGGAAUGGGACCAGGAGGUCCCGGCGGUCCUGGACCGGGGCCUGGAAAUGGCCCACCAAUGUCACACGGCAUGCCCGGUGGUCCGAUGAUGAACAAUGACCCAUUUUAUUCAUCCCCAUUUUCUAUGUAUUCCAACAGGCGACACGCACCAUACAUGGGACAGCCAGACUACAGGGUCUAUGAGCUGAACAAGCGCCUUCAACAGCGCUCCGAGGACAGCGACAACCUGUGGUGGGAUGCGUUUGCCACAGAGUUUUUUGAGGACGAGGCAACACUUACGCUGUCCUUCUGUCUGGAGGAUGGGCCAAAACGAUACACCAUAGGGCGAACCCUGAUACCGCGUUACUUCCGGAGCAUAUUUGAGGGCGGAGUUACGGAUCUCUACUUUAUCUUAAAGCAUGCGAAAGAAUCAUUCCACAAUACCUCCAUAACACUUGACUGUGAAGUGGCUACCAUGGUAACGCAUCAUGGUAAACCCAUGUUCACAAAGGUAGUGACAGAGGGCCGAUUAGUUCUAGAAUUCACAUUUGACGACAUGAUGCGAAUACGUUCAUGGCACUUCGCUGUACGGCAGCAUCGGGAGCUAAUUCCCCGCAGCGUGAUCGCCAUGCAGAUGGGCACCAACGAGGUAAACCCUGAUGAGCCAGCCAUGGUGGAACAGCUGGGGAAGAAUAUCACCAGACAGGGCCUCACUAACUACACACUGAACUUCCUCAGGUUGUGUGUGAUCCUGGAGCCGAUGCAGGAGCUCAUGUCCCGCCACAAGGCGUACGGACUCACUCCGCGCGAUUGUCUCAAAACCACCCUGUUUCAAAAGUGGCAACGUAUGGUCUCACCGCCAGGGAAAGAUGGCGAUAUGCCAAAUAUGCAUCCCCAGGAAAUGCCCGGACAAAAGACAAAAAGAAAAUAUAGUUGUUCUCCGAAGGAUGACACAACUCGUCAGCCAGGGAAACGACGUAAGAGAAAGUCUUCAACAGGAAGUGCAGCGAACGUAAACAAUGCUGUACCACCAUCAGGAAAGCAGAAGAGAUCUCCAGGACCUCCUGGAAUCAACACGUCUAUGCCCGGAGAUGUGAUGGUGGUUGGCGAACCAACACUGAUGGGCGGGGAAUUCGGGGAUGAGGAUGAACGACUUAUCACUCGGCUUGAGAACCAGCAGUUUGAAACGAAUGGCCCUGAUGAAGAAAAAUUCAACCCCAACUCUCCCGCCCUACAACAGCAGCAACAACAACAGCAGCACAAUAGCCCGUGGGGCGCCGAUAAAAAACCCAUUCCGACGUCGGGUCCACCGCCGAACCCGGACGUUGACACAAAAACUGAACAAUGAUUCUCAAAAAAUUGACAGAUUUAUUUGUUGUUUUGGAAUGGUACUUCUAGCUGUGCUGGAGUGUAGUCGUUGGUAGCGAUUGCGAGGUUAUGGCUACUGCAGAUAUAAUUCUAUUGUGUAAUGUUAUAAUGAGGGUAAGCGCCAGUUUUCAAAUGCACGCAGUGAGUUCAUCUCGUUGCUAGGAAAGCAUGAUAAAAAAUGUGCACGUGACAAGUGUGGUAUUUAUAUGAGCGAGGAGUUGAGCGCGACAGACCAGUGAAACGGACUCAUGAAUGAGAUAUUUGAUUAUGUAGAAUAUUAUUGCAUGAUCGAACGCAUUGGGAUUUUUUCAGUACAAGUUGUUUGAAUACUUGUUAAAACGAGAUUAGACAAGUUGAGUAUUAUAUUGUGGAAACAGUAGACACAAUACAUGUUAUAAAGACUUGAUCACAUGAUUAUUUUUAUCACAUGAUCGCCGAUGGAACAGACCAAUGACACUUCGGAGCUGGAAAAACUUGCAUCGAGGGACAAAUGUUCCGAUGCAAGUGGACGAGGUUCAGGCUUCUGCAUUCUUACUUCUGUUGACCGUUAAAUGGUUUUCAUGUUCAAAAUGUGUAGAUAAAUAUUUCAUUUGUGCAUACUCUAUAAUAUCUUCUUUUCUUUAUAUGUAUGUUUAAUUCUGUUAAUGACUUGAUGUAAUUAUAUAAAGGUAUCGUUUUUUAUUGAGACCUCAUUAAUGCUUUGCAUUUCGAUGUAAGAAAUCAGCUGAUUUACGUUUAUAAAUUUUACACCACACUGGAAAAGGAUCUUUACUCUUAAUCAUUUUUCAAGCUAGUGCGUUUUACUGUAUACAUGUAGAUCUGUUUUCAGGUUCGCAUUUAAAGAUUUCAAGGUUUAAAAUGUACAUGGCUUUUAGGCCAAUACUGCCUGUUGCCAGAUUUAACACCGCGAAAAUUCUCCUGGAUAGUUCAGCUCUCGAUUUAAAGCAAUAAAAUGAUGUUUCAAGCUCUCUGAAUAGUCUUUUUUUUAUAUGAUAAUGAUUGCUUAAUACUGAGGGAGCUUAAGAGUAUUGUGUCUACAUAGGGCUGCAGUUUUUCAUUUGUUAUUUCAUUAUAACCUAUCAUAAGUAAUACUAAAUACAGGGAUGGAAGUUUGGUGGAAAAAUUCUUUUUAAACAAUUUGGACAAUGAAGUUUUACAAAUGGAGUAAAAUAUCAAUAAUGUAGUAAAUAUAUCACUAAGAAACAUUCAUUAAUGAAUGAAGAUUCUCAUAUAAUUUUUUAUGUUUUUAAUAUAUUUUUUGAAAAUAGGGAAUUUCAGAGACAAUUUUUUUAUUUUUUUUAAAAAGCAGGGUCUGGUCCUUGAUAAAGUAGUCGGGUGUUGGCUUCUGGAAAGAAUUGUAAAAAAGGCCCUGACUUUGGGCAUAAAUACCUCAUACUCAAACUAACCCCUUGUUAUUUUUCAGGAUUGACAUAAAUCAGCUAAUAAUAUAUAAAAAAGUGCUAUUUUAUGUUUUCUUUGUGCAAACCCUGAUGUUAUUUAGCCAAUUACCAACAUGUUUAAGCCCAUGUACAUAAUAAUGCCAAAAUCACUUUGAUUUAAGUCACACCAUUCUGAAUCAUAAAAUUAUAUCAGUGAUUUAUUUUAUUUUUUUCUGAUCAAAUGUUCAGGAUGACAGAUCUGUUAUUGAACCCUAUUGAAUGUUAUUCAGCAAUAUUUAUUGACUCCCAAAAAUAAAAGACACUGUAUGAAGUAAUUGCUAAGCCAUUUAAAAACACAACCCAACCCACUUUCAAAUUGGAGCGUUAAGUGUUUUUAAACUCAUCUUAGCAAAAAUUUAACCGGAACUUCCAUUUAAAUUCUUUAUUUUGCCCAUGUUGGGUUGUAUAUUUGAAUGGACUAGUUAGUGAUGUUUUUUUAUUCAAACAAAGCUUGAAUAUCAAUAUACAGUCGCACCCAGUAGGCUCAAACUAGCUUGGUUCAAUAUCCUUGUUGGCUCAAACUGGAUGUAAAGGGCCGAUUUCCUUUUACUGAAUAUUAGCAUUCCCGCUUGGUCGAAUUUCCGAAGGCUUGAAGUAGUUUAGCCGGUCCCUGAGAGUUCUAGCCAAUGUGGUUUGACUGUAAUAGAAUAGCAAGAAACAGAUAGAAUGGCAUAAACCUGGUAGCAACUUCGUCAAUUUUAAGAAAUAUUAAAUACAGACUGCAGUUUUACCAACAAAAAUCUUAUGUUUAUUGCAUUUAUCUUCUUCAUGGAUGAACUCUGCCCUGUUUUCCUGUGGCAUUGUGACUUGAUUGUUUUGUAUUUGUUGUUGUUGUUUUUGUUGUGUUAUACAUAGGACAUAAAUAUAUAUAUUUGUCUUGAUAUUUAUUGUUUGUUAAAAUGGUUUCAAAAAUGACAUGAGGGAGAUUUUUCUUAAAUGUUCAUCUGUAUUGAUAACGAAGAAAAAACAGAUGCUAGUCUACAUGUAUAUAAAUUCUUAAGUCUGAAGAAAUGUAAACCUUACUUGAGUAGCAUUUUCCUUACUGCAGAAACAUAUUCUGAGGAAUUGUAUUCCUUACUUAAGUAACAUAUUUCUUUUUGAAGAAAUGUUUUUCUUACUUAAGUAACAUAUUCCUUACUUAAGUUAUGUAUUCCCUUUUAAGUAAACUAUUCCUUUGACUGUUAUUUAUGCUUAUUUGUUUUUUUUUUCGGUUUGCUUGGAAAUUAUGCUUAUUGUUAACCGCUGUUAAAAGUGAGUUAGGCCCCCAAAAAAACUUGUUUCCGAUUGCAUCCUUUGUAAGAAACUAUCACAAAUUAAUCCCUAAAGGAUGGGAAAAAUAGUAAUAAUGGUCAGGAAAAGUGUAUCUGCUGGCAAGAAACAAAUUACGGUUGGGUGCAAAAAAAUGAGGGUAGGUUUGGGAGCCAGGCCUCAUUUUCUCGAAACUUCUUAAGUCCCUUAUAACAGGAUUAAGCUAAACUCACUAUUUUUGGUUUUCAAUAAUUUGGAUAAUAUUUACUUCUUUAAGAGUUUUUAUACUUUAGAUAGGAAUUAUCUAUAUGUUAGUUAAAUUAAACAAUUUGUCAUUUAUCAAAAUUCCAUUUAAGUACGUAUUUUGAGUAAUUGAAAUAAGCUACUUAAGCCUGUUAAGCUUAAGAAGUUUCGAGAAAUUGGGGCCAGAAACAAAGCAUUAUUUUUGUUAUGCCUUACAGAUUCUGUUAUCUGUAGUCAACGCUCUUGACUUUGUUAGAAAUCAGUGUUUGGUUAUGAGCACUUAUAUUAUGUUUUUUUAUUCUUUUCAUUUCUUUAAAUAGGAAAGAACUUUCUUUGUGUAAGUGGCAUUAUUUCUCUGAUUCACAUACAGUAGUGAUCUCUGGCUUUGAUAUUUAAAGGCAUCUGAAGUGAUCUUAUUCUCUGAGGUCGUCACUCAACCGAAUACAAAUUUAAAAAAGAUACAUCUGUAAAUGUCUAACGAUAAAUUAUAUCUUUAUAAUUUCAUAAAAAAAUCUUUGGAAUUAUAUGUUUAUUGACGUUUAUGUUUCAAUUUAUCAUUCUCUAUGUUCAGUUGUUUGUGUGAAACUGCCCAAAAAUAAGCCGUAAUAUAAUGUUUUAAACAAUUAGAAAAUGAGGGAUUAUUGCAUUUCAACAAAAAUGUUAAAUAAAGGAAUGCUUACCUUCCUCUUUUCAGCUGAUUUCCUCAUUUUUGGCCACAAAACUUUAAAAUUAAAAUUCUUGCCUUUAUCAGAUCUAUACAAUAUUUUUUCCCCAUUAUUUAUGUGAUAGGGAUGAUCCUUUUUUGCAAUGGUUUCCACUUUUUAUAUAAAUAUUUGUUGGCAUCCCUUUAAAAUCAGACUGGGUUUUCAUGCAGACAGCAAAAAUUAAUGUAUUGAUUUACCUGUAUUUAUAUGGAAAUAGUCUCUCUAAUAUUAUAACUGGUUAUCAGUUGAAUAUUGAUCUUCUUUAUCUGUUGACCAUGGGCCAAUUGUUCAGAAUUUUGUUAAAGUUAACAACCAGUUAAGCUGACCAAUUUCAUCAUGUUCAAAUAUAUUUAAAUAAAACAAGUACAGCUGAAACAAUUCCAUCAAAUCUCGUUAGAAAUACUGAAUAUCAAGACUUAGUGUGUCCAUGGAACUUCCGGAAUAGUAAAGUCUUAAAAAAGUUAACAAUAAUGUUGUCAGCACAUUUGUUAACUUUAACAAAGUUUUGAACAAUCAGCCAUUUGUUGAAGAUUAUUUGGUGUCUUGCAAGAAAUGUUUUUUUUCUUUUUUUGAACAUCAAAUAAAUAAGGUGAAUGAUUGAGCAAGUUUUUGGGCUAUUACGGAAUUUUUUCAUCAGCAUUUGCAUAAUUUAUCACACAAUCAUGUUUGUGUUAUCUCAGCUCAUACCUUGGGCUAAUUAUGUAAUAUAUAUACAAAUGAAUAAAUUAUUUAUAUUGUAA